AUGGACAAACAAAAACCGACAAAUACUGCCGCUAAUGGGACAGUAACGAUGGCCACCACCAACAACAACUGUAUUGCUGCUGUUCUGCCCCAACCUGCGCGUCGGGUACUUCAAAAUUUUCUUCUAGUUUGGCUUGAUGCCAAUCUCAAUGAAUCAAAUAAAGAUUUCAAGAAAUCAUUACAACAAUUACGACAUAUUGUGGCAUCCAUCACAACAUUUACGAAUACCCACGAAUGCAUUGAUUUUCUCAGUGCAAUCAAAAAAGAAAAGGUAUUUAUGAUUGUUUCUGGUUCCUUGGGUCGGCAAAUCGUACCAGAAAUUGAAGUAUGGCCACAGUUAGAAUCAAUUUACGUGUUUUGUGCCAAUCAAUCGAUCCAUGAACAAUGGACUAGAAAUAUAGCCAAGGUAAAGGGUGUACACACAAGCAUCGAACCAAUUUGUGAAGCAUUACAAAUCGAUCGUGAAAAUUGUGAUCGAGCUAUGAUCUCAAUCAGUUUUGAUGGCAUUGAUGCGUUGUUUAUGUAUACCCAAUUGUUAAAAGAAGCACUUUUGGAUAUAGAAGAUGAUGAUGCAAAAUCGAUUAAAGAACUGGUUGAAUACUGUCGUCUUCAAGAUGAUAUUGAUAAAUGCGAAAUUAACAUGGUUGAAAAAGAAUAUCGUGACCAUACACCGAUAUGGUGGUAUACGGCACCAAUUUUUAUGUACUCGGUGCUCAAUCGAGGCCUUCGACUAAUGGAUGUUGAUAUUAUACUCAAAAUGGGCUUUUUUAUUCGACAUUUACAUCAUCGUAUCGAAAAAUUACACCACGAACAACAACAAUCCAAGAAAAACGUCAUAACACCAUUUACUGUUUUUCGUGGACAAGGUAUGUCAGUUGAAGUUUUCGAAAAAAUGAAUCAAACCAAAGGAGGACUUAUGUCCUUCAACAAUUUUCUUUCAACGAGUAAGAAUCGCCAGGUGUCCCUUAAAUUUGCGCUAGCAGGAGCACUGAAAGAUUCCAAUAUGGUUGGCAUUCUCUUCAUAAUGGCUAUCAACCCAGUCAUAUCUUCAAAGUCAUCAAUUCCUUAUGUUGAUGUCAGCGAAGAAGGCUACUUCGAAGCUCAUGAAGCCGAAAUUCUUUUUACAACACACACCAUUUAUUGCAUCGAUCAAAUUCAACGGAUCCAUGAUGAUCAAUGUGAUACCCUUUGGCAAGUUAAUCUUACUCUUGUGAAUAAUAAUAAUCAUGAAUUAGACAAACUUACAUCACGCAUACGCAAAGAGCUUAGUUGGGCAACAGGAUGGCCGCGAUUGGGUCAUAUACUUAAAAAUGUGGGCGAGUUUGCGAAAGCAGAACAAAUCUAUCAGUUCCUCCUCGCAACAGCAUCUUCUAAUAAAGAUAGAGCGGAUUACAAUGACCAACUUGGUCAAGUGUAUAGAAACACGGGCAAAUACUCAGAAGCACUUUUAUCGUACGAACGGUCGCUUGAAAUCCGAAAAACAGCUCUCCCUCCGAAUCAUCCCGAUUUGGCUGCUUCCUACAACAACAUCGGUGCGGUGCAUGAUAACAUGGGCGAGUACUCGAAAGCACUUUUAUCUUACGAACGAUCCCUUGAAAUAAAAAAAGUAGCCCUCUCUCCAAAUCAUCCCGGUUUGGCUACGUCCUACAACAACAUCGGUUUGGUUUAUGAUAAAAUGCGCGAGUACUCGAAAGCACUUUCAUCGUACGAACGGUCAAUUGAAAUCCAAAACAUAGCUCUCCCUCCGAAGCAUCCCUCGUUAGCUGCUUCCUACAACAACAUCGGUAUGGUGUAUGAUAAAAUGGGCGAGUGCUCGAAAGCGCUUUCAGCAUAUGAAAUAUCACUUGACAUCCGAAAAAUAGCUCUCCCUCCGAAUCAUCCCGACGUGGCUACUUCCUACAACAACAUCGGCUUAGUGUAUUAUAACAUGAGCGAGUACUCGAAGGCACUUUCAUGUCUGCAAAAAGGCCUCGAGAUACGACAAAAAUCGCUUCCUCCUGAUCAUCCACAUAUUGCACGGUCGAAAAAAAACAUCGAAAAUGUAAAAAAGAAAAUGUAACAUUUUUUGUAACCGAGAAAAUAAAUUGUCUUUCUUGAAUAGUUGUCUCGCCGAAGCGCACCGUCUGCAAUAUUUCGCUCGCGUGCGACUAGACAUAUCCUCCAUAUUUUGCUGGUUAGUACAGUGGACAAAGCUCGCAAUUGUAAGCAAAUAUACAUUUGUGUAUGUACGACUAGUAAAUCCAUGAUAAUCAUCAUCCCUACAAAAAGGGGUGUGGAGUGUGGGUGUGGGGUGUGGGGUGUGGGUGUAGGUGGGUGGGGUGGGGAAGGGCGGCGUGGGGGGGGGAGGGGGG